CCCGCGGAGGCACUCGACAAGCCUGAAACCCUAACGCUUGUUUAUUGAUUCAGAGUCGUUUGAUUUUCUUUUUUGGCCACAAUUGAUUCAGAGUCGUUAUAUCUCUUUUACCACGCAAUUUGACUCAGGUCGGUGUAAACUGUAAAGUUACAGUCAAUUGAUCGAAGAAAAUGGCGAUGGCUGGGCUGUACAGGCGGUUACUUCCUUCUCCGCCUGCAGUAGAAUUCGCUUCAUCCGAAGGAAAGCAACUUUUUGUUGAAGCCAUUCAAAAUGGAACAAUGGAAGGCUUUUUUAGAUUAAUUUCUUAUUUUCAAACACAAUCAGAGCCUGCAUACUGUGGAUUGGCAAGCUUAUCCAUGGUCUUGAAUGCUCUUGCUAUUGAUCCUGGAAGAACAUGGAAAGGUCCUCGGAGAUGGUUUGAUGAAUCUAUGUUGGACUGUUGUGAACCUCUGGAGAGGGUCAAAGCCAGAGGUAUCUCAUUUGGGAGGCUUGUAUGCUUGGCUCAUUGUGCAGGAGCAAAAGUUGAAGCCUUUCGUGCAAAUCAAAGCAACAUUGAUGACUUCCGUAAAUAUGUCAAGAGGUGUUCGACUUCUGAUGAUUGUCAUAUAAUCUCUUCUUACCACAGAGCUGCUCUCCAUCAAACCGGAACUGGUCAUUUUUCUCCUAUUGGUGGCUAUCAUGCUGGAAAGGAUAUGGCACUUAUUCUGGAUGUUGCACGUUUCAAGUAUCCUCCUCAUUGGGUCCCACUUGCCCUUCUCUGGGAAGGCAUGAACUAUGUUGUUGAAGACAUUGGACAACCUAGGGGGUUCAUGCUUAUAUCAAGGCCUCACAGGGACCCUGGUAUGCUCUAUACUCUGAGCUGCAAACAUGAGAGUUGGAUUAGUAUCGCAAAAUUCCUGAUGGAUGAUGUUCCCCUGCUACUAAAAUCAGAGGAUGUGAAAAACGUUCACAAGGUUCUCUCAGUUGUAAUCAAUUCGCUUCCAUCUAAUUUUGGGGAUUUUAUUAAGUGGGUUGCAGAAGUCAGGAGGCGAGAGGAUGGUGGUCCAAGUUUGAGUGCAGAGGAGAAAGCUAGGGUUUCUGUUAAGGCAGAAGUAUUGAAACAGGUGCAGGAGACACAGCUUUUUAAACAUGUCACUUCUUUUCUAUCAAAUUCUUGCUGCAAGCUGCCAUCACUUUCAGGUCAUGGAGACACCUUACCUAACAUUGCAGCAAAUGUUUGUUGCCAAGGAGCAGAAAUUCUAGGUGGGAAGCUUAGCUCAUCGGCAGUGUAUUGCUGUAGAGAAACAUGUAUGGAAUGCUUGAAAGCAGAGGGUGACAAGCCAAUCACAAUGGUUAGUGGGACUGUAGUAAACGGUAACAGUGAACAAGGGGUUGAUGUUUUGUUUCCUUCUCAAGGACCAUGUUGUGAUUGCUCUGGCCUGAGUAAGUACAUUGAGAUGCACCCAACUAGCAGUGACGUGCUAACAGCACUGCUUCUCUCGUUACCAUCUACAACAUGGGCUGGUAUCAAAGAUGGGCAAGUUUUGAAGGAAAUAGAUGAACUUGUUUCAAUUGAUAACCUUCCUACGUUGCUGCAAGAAGAGUCUUUGCUAUUCACCGAUUCACCGAUGUCAAUAUAUUUCACCAAUAGGGAACUGUGAACGUUAGUCCUAGGAAGUGCUUAAGCAAGGACAAUUUUGAGUUCAACAGAUGCCUCGACUAUUUUUCCUGCGCUGGUCCCCAUUCAAAGUGUCCUAUGAAGUAAACCUGGACUAUUGUCUAUACAAUCUGGGGGUACUUGCCUAUAAUGAAUGAACUGGUCAUUAACUGAAUCCGUUGUUGUCGCUUUGCAAAAUAUUGGCUUCUGUUGCUAAUUCUACCCUAUCCCGUUCCUACUCAUUUCUUAUCAUAAAUAUAUCCAUAUCAGGUUUUGCACUUAAGACGUCAACUUCACAUGCUAAAGAAAUGUCAAGAGAACAGGGUGGAUGAAGAUCUCGGUGCACCUCUCUCGUAGCAUCUCCUUUUCUCGUGAUCUUCAACGAGCCAAAAUCUCUAAGCUGGGAUCUCGUGUCAGCAGGCAUUGAAUUCAAUAAUUCAGGCACACCUUGCCGAAACGCGUUCUUGUUUCCAGUUAUGAAUCCAAAAUAACAGGCAUCUGGAACCGCUUUCGUGAAGAGUACCAAGGGGUCAGUUUCGAGAUUUAGGUUAAUCGUGUUGUACAACCUGCUGAAUUUAUCGCUGAAGACGUUCUGCGCAAAUGAGAUUCAAGAAUCUAGAAAA